AUGGCGCUCGCGGCACCCGAGGACCACGCGACGCGCACCCGACCACCGUACGCACCCGACCACCGACCGCACCCGACCACCGACCCGCACCCGGAACCACGUCGCGCACGCCGAUCACCGACCGCACCCGACCACGCGUCCAAGCACCCGACCACCGCCCGCACCCGCCAACGUCCGCACCCGACCACCGUCCGCAGCGCCAGACCGACGCGACCGCAGCCCGCCACCGUCCGCACCCCGACGCACCGUCUCGCGCACUCCGACCAGCGUCCGCCACGUCCGACCACCGUCGCCGCACCCGACCAAUCGUCCGCACCACCCGACACCGUCCGCACCUCACCACACGUCCGCACUCCGGACCCACCGACGCGCACCGCGACCACCGACCGCACCCGACCAUCGUCCGCACCCCGACCACCGACCGCACGCCGACCACCGACCACCGACCGCACCCGACCACCGACCAAGCACGACGCGACCACCGACCGCAACCAACCGAACCACCGUCGCCGCAGCCCCGACCACAGACCGCACCAGACCACCGACCGCAGCCCGACCACCGUGCCGCAACACCGUCCACCGACCGGCACCGACCAACCGUCCGCACCCGACCCACCGACGCGGACGAAGGAAGCUAUCGAGACUGAAGAAGGUAAGCCUGCCAGCAGCGACGCAGCGUCACGCACGCAUGAGCAGCUCGCGGCAGCGAAUCGCGCGAUGCGCGACGCGCUGUCUGAUGUCGCGCCACGCCUCGCCCGACUCGCGCGCCGCGCCGCCGACGACGGCCACUUCAGCCGCCCUCUACCGGCCUGCAGCCAGCAGCUGAGCGCCGCAGAACCAGCCCAUUGA